UUUCGCUGCUCCCGGUCGGACCAUGUGGAAGACGACUCUCGUUUUGUACCAGCUCUUCGCUCUGAGUCCGCCGCUCCGGGCUCAGGAUGACAUCGACGCCGGCGUCAUCACUCCCCAGGACUGCGGUCUGGACUGUGUGCGACAGGGGGGACCUGGGUGUGAAUACUGCAGAAUAACCAGAGCUGAUGUAAAGACGGCUCUGGGUUUGAACUCUGGGUUUGGAAGUUGCAUUCCUUGGCCGUGUUUCGAGUUGCUUGGAAAAGAAGACCGAGGACUCUGUCAGCACUACGUCCAAGCGCCGAAUGACGUCACGGUCGAGUUUGUAAAUGAGCUCGAGCCAAAAUCGGACACUGCUGUUGUCUCCUGGAAGCCCAGCUACUACGGGAUCGCCUUCCUGCGAGGCUUUCAGGUGUCCCUUCAGGCUCUGGGAGGGUCCGGUGUUGCCUGUCAGCUCUUUCUCUUCCACCGAAACCUCUCCCUCCCGGCAUCACAUGCUCAAAGGGUGUACAAGUCGGACCCUUUCCCCGGCCUCUCCCUUGGGUCCGAGUAUGCUGUUACCGUCAUGGCUCUGCCAGUGCCUGAGGAGUGGGAGAAGUUCUACAGCAGCAAGAUCUUCUCCACCCGCUCGUGUGCCGAGAAGAAUGGUCUUGAACAGUGCAAAAAGGACUGGUACCCCAAACAUAUCGAGGUCCAGCAGGAAGGGGCCGCCAUCAAUGUGACCUUUAACCUGGCUCCCCCGAACCUGGACAUCAGAGGCUACUUUUCCCUGUGUUACGCCAACGGCAUGAAGAAAUACACAGGCAUCACACCUAAUUCCAUCAAAAACAAAACUCACCACAGCUAUCAGAUGAAUGACCUCGAAGGAGGAACCAAUUACACCUGCGAGAUUGCAGCGGACGAAGUGGAUGCAGUGAGGAAAACAUUCAAUGUUCGGGUCUUGCAAAUUCAAAAAGGAGGUUCCACGCCACUCUCGGUCACUCCCUCCUUGGCUCUGAUUCUUCCACUAUGCCUGACUGGGGUAGCCAUAUUUGUAGUCUUAUUGGCCGCUCUCACCAGGUGGCGGCCCAAGCUCCGGAUGAAGAAACUUGACAUCAAACCAGAGGUUAUCAACCAACAUCAGGAGAGCGGGACUCAGGAGGAAGUGACGUCAUUACCCAGAAAGGGGCUGGCCCCUAAGCGUCUUCUGAUUUGCUACAGCAGCUACGAUGGCCCGGCACACGUCAAAGCCGUCAUGCAGCUGGGGGGCUUCAUACAACAGCACAUGGCCACUCAGGUGUGCAUGGACCUUUGGGACUCUCUGAGCGUGGCUGAGGAGGGAAGCAUGGCCUGGCACUGCCGGCAGAUCCGGGAGAGCGACUUCAUCUUGGUGAUCUGCUCUCGGGGCCUCAACCACAGGCCGAAGCCUCCAAAUGGUGAAGACAGAGGCGCCGAAGACGAGCAGGCAGACGGAGGGCUUCACUUCAGGUCCAACGCCUUCAGCUCCGACGCAGCCGUCCAGCUUAUCGGCGAGGAGGUGGGCCGAGCCAAAGCCUGGGGCCAGGACCUGUCCAAGUACAUGGCGGCCAUUUUUGAUUACUCCGAUGAAGAGGACAUCCCCACUGAGCUGAGGCUGGUGUCUCACUACACUCUUACCAGGGACUUGCAACUGCUCUUCUCGCACCUCCAUACAGUGGCUCUGCACGGGCCGGGGCACUACCUGAAAAUCCACCAUAUCUCAAAGGAAGGGUAUACCGAGUUGCCAGCCGGAGCAGCUCUCCAGUGGGCCGUCAGUCAGGCUCGGAUGGCAAUGGAGGCAAAGAGGCAUCACUCUGUGGUCGGGCUGGGUGUCAUUUAGAAAAUGAAGACUCCUGUACCAAUAUACCCUUAAAGUGGUGCCCUUAGCAAGAAUAAAUCGAAAAGAACUUGCUGUGAUUGUCUGUGAACAAAACCGUACAAAUAGUCUCUUUUUUUCUAGAUCCGGUGCACAAAAAGAAUGGCUUGCAGGUGUGGGUGGACGAGAGAAGUUGCGAUACUACUCGGUACUGGGUUAUUUCGGUCAGCACUGAUACCCUGCCCUACUCUGCGGAGGGACUAAGCGUGAAAAAAAAGGAACCCAUUCACCGUUAAUGAGAGGCGGUUCUCCACCGAGUGGAGGAGAAAGUUCACAUGCCACAUGUGUGCUGGAAGGAUUUGUAAAAAAAAAAAGAAUGUCCAGUUAUGUGUGUAAUGGUAAAUUAAGCAAUGCACUUUUUCCUCUUUGUUUUCUCACUAUGUCAUGUAAAAAUAAGUAUAUUUGUAAUAUAAGCAUUGUACAUAUAUUCACUAUAUUUACUACUAUUAACUAUCUCAUACUCCAGUUAUUGAAGUUCUUCUGUGAGAAUGUUUGCCUUGAAGUAACAUUGAUUAAUACGUGCAUAUUUAAAGUCUCGCCUAUGCAUGUGCUCAUCUCAUAUACUUAGGAAUGGAUUAAUAAGUCAUUUAUUAUUUCACUUUAUACGGAUGUGAGGAUAAACAUGUGAAUAAAAAUGAGCUGUUUUGCA